UCCCGAGCUUCCAGCGCUUAUUAGCCUCUUUCUUCUGAGGACCGUGACUCCCCUGUUUAGCCAAGACGGCUUCCCAGCCCUUCCGGUACCUUUUCUCCGCGUGGGAACAGACUUCCUUUGUGCUUCAAGGAUCGUGUCCUUCAGGAGCAACCACUCCUCGUGCACACCUUUGGCCUGCAGUCCCUGGCCCCGCAGCACUUCCCCUGCUGGUGACCUGAGCUUGUGGGAAUACAUGUGCCUAUAUUGUAUAAAUCCACACAGCAUUAACUACACAGAACACAUGCAGCUUGAAACACACACAUAAUAUAUUAUAUUAAACCCCCCACAAAUACACACUUGUAGCAUUAAACAUAUACGUACACAAACAUCUAUAAAUACAGACACGCACACACAAGCCAUGGAGCACAAAAAUACAGACACUAUGCAACUAUACACACGCAAAUACCAUGAAAUACACAAAUACUACACACACGCGCAAAUACUAUAAACACAGAUACAGACAGUGCACACACACACAUACAGAAAUACCAUAAAAUAGACAAAUGCACAGAUGUUACAUACACAAAUACCAUAAAUACGCAAAUACAGACACCAUACACACGCACACAAAUACCAAUAUGCAGACACUACACCCCCCCCACAUAUAUCCAUACACACACCCAUGUGUCCCUGCCUUUCCCCACCCGCGGGUGCUAGCGCUGGGCCCCAUCCAUGAUCGGGUUGGCAUCCCCAGGUGGACUGGCCAGGGCACCCCUGAUGGGGCUGGGCAUCCACCCCCUGCCCUGGGCCGCGAGUCACCCCUGCAGCACAGAGCACCCCCAUUCCCCUUAGCGAACCCCAGCCUUGUUACCCAGGCAUCUGGGCCUGCCCCAUUCCAUCCUGCUCUCUCACAGGGGCCCUGGAGGGGGGUGCCUGCACCCCACAAAUUAUGCCCCACUCCAGCAUCCAUGCCUCCAUGCCCAGGCUCACACCUGCCUCCCUUUCUUGUAGCCCCAGCACCAUGAAGCCCAGAUCUGCAUGUGGUGAGUAUGGGGCAUGGGGCAGCUCCACCCCAGAGCCAGCUGCAUCACAGCACCCCUCUACCUAGGCCAGUGCCCCACCCCUGAGUCAGCAGCAUCACAACACCCCUGUACCCAGCCUUCAAUGCCCCACCCCAGAGUCAGCUGCAUCGCAGCACCCCUGUACCCAUCUCAGUGCCCCACCCCAGAGCCAGCCACAUCACAGUGUCAGCGCAACUCUGCCUGCUGCAGGAAGUACCUGGAUGUUCACUCUAUGGACCUCAUCAACCAGACCCGGACCAUAGAGGAGAUGAGGGGGGUGCUAGCAGAGGUGUUGCAGCUGGACGGGGGGGCACAGGGCGGGCGAGCCGCCAUCCUGCUGGACCUUUACACCCACGCGCUGUGGUUCGGGCGGGAGCAGGGCUUCACCCCCGAGCAGGCCUCUGCCCUCUUCUCCAUCCUCCAUGACACCCACCAGGCCUGCACCGAGACUCCGCUGCCUAACCUGGAUGAGUGUCUGAGCUACUUCCGCCGUCUGCUGCUCUGCCACUGCGUGCGGCGCCCACCGUUCAGCAUUGACCUGUUCAGCCCCUGGCAGGCAGCCGCGGUCGAGGACUACGUGCAGAACACCUAUUUCCACCACUUCAAGCUCUACAAGUUCGCCUUCACACCCCAGGUGCGCCUGGAUGUGACCCUGAGGUACGUGGGGCUGCCUCAGCCAGUGCCCACCCCGGAGGCAGGCCAGGCCAGGGAGGGUGCCCUCACCCCGGAGUUGCAGCAGGAGCCAGAGGAGGAGACCAGCCCCCCAGCUCCCCCUGAAAGCCCCCGGGCCCCGCUGCGGACCUACAUCAAGGCGGAGCUAGGUCAGGCGCUGGGGGCAGCGCGGCAGGACCUGCUGGAGCAGAUGCGGGGCAGCGAGCAGCGCUUGGGCGCCCGCCUGGCCCAGCUGGAGCAGGGCCCAGGCCCCCAGCCCAGGGGCAGGAAGAAGUGAGGUGGGGGUCAAUAAACACACUUGCCCCCCACUCAGUGUCUGCACCUGGUGGUGGCCCCUGAGACUCAGCCCCCCAGGCCAGAGCCCCCCUUUCCGUCC